CAUGUGUUGAUGUUUUUGUUUACAUUUUUUGUUUGAAAAUGUUUUUCUCAAUUCUGAUCGAUUGAUUCAAAUUAGUUAAUUGUUUCGAUAGUUUUACAAUUUUCUAAGUGAUGUUUAGUUAAAAUGUUACAUUCUGAUUGUUUAUUCUUUUACAAUGAUUAAUAAUAAAACGAUUACCUUUGCAUGGAGGAGUUUGAGAGCUUUGUGUUUGGCUUAUGUUUGCGCUGAAUAUGGUUUCAAAGUGGCUUUGAUCGAUGGACCAUCCAUGAAGCCGACUCUCAAUAGUAAUGAUAUUGUCUUGAGUAAUCAAUGGACUCCAAUUUUUGGUAAUGUCAAAAGAAGUGAUAUUGUUAUUUUUAGAUCUCCAAUGGAUCCGAAAAAGUUUCAUUGUAAAAGAAUCAAAGGAGUUGAAGGUGAUUAUGUUCGAAGAGGGUUUUCUUCGAUAUCGAUUCCUAAAGGUCAUGUUUGGGUGGAAGGAGAUAAUUCUAGUCAUUCAAAAGAUUCACGAGAUUAUGGGCCUGUUCCCAUUGGAUUAAUAAUCGGAGUUGUUUUCUUUAAGGUUUAUCCUUUUAUUGAUUCCAAGUUUCUUUCGUGAUCCUUUUUGGGAAUUUCUUGAUAUUCUGGGGAAAAAAAUCACUCAUGGUGAUGAUAGAUGAAAAAGAUAGUUGACCAAUAGUGAAUGAAUUGAAGUCGUCGUGACACAAAAUCAGUAGUUUGACCAAAAGCUUUGAUCUGAUCGGUAAAACCAGUUAGUGUUUUCUUUUCCAGAUCCGAAACUGUAUCAAAAUUUGACGAAUUUUGUCUUAAGUAAAUGUUAAACACUUCAAAAGGUUGUUUAUUAAACCCAUUUGUACAUAUUAGAAUAUGUAAAUGUAAA